AUGUCUGAUUCCGCCAGCUACAAGCAGCGAAAGGAGGACUUUGUGUCCAACCUCUCAGGCGGCUCCGUCGCAGAGAUCAACUAUGUCACAUCCGUUGCCGCUGUCGCCAUAAUCCUCUGGUCCGUCCUCCAAGCCCGCCAGUCCUUCUUUGAGCAGUAUACCGUCCUCGCAUUUGCCGUCGAUUUCCUCCUCAAUGUCGGCGCCAUCCUCCUCUCCACGACGCUAUACGCGGGCACACCGGUCCUGCUAAACCUCCUUCUGAUCGUGCCCGCCAUCCUCAUCUUUACGCUCCCGCCGAACUCGAUCAACCGAAAGAAGAAGCUUAAGGUCCCGCCUAAUGCGCGGUCCAAGGGUAGCUCGGGACAGCUCGACGUCCUCUCGACCAAGCCGUUCCUGACAAACUUCCGGGGCUGCAUGAUGAUUGUCACCUGCGUCGCAAUCCUGGCUGUCGACUUCCGUUUGUUCCCCAGGCGGUUUGCCAAAGUUGAGACGUGGGGCACAUCCCUGAUGGAUCUGGGUGUUGGAUCCUUUGUCUUCUCAGGAGGUCUCGUCGCAGCUCGUCCCGUGCUGCGGGAGAAAGCUGUAGGCCGCACUACAGGACGGGCGACGCCCCUGAUUCAUCGGAUCAUUCACUCGAUGCGCCAUUCUAUCCCGCUAUUGGUUCUGGGUGUGAUCCGACUGCUCAGCGUCAAGGGCCUGGACUACGCCGAACAUGUCACAGAGUAUGGUGUGCACUGGAACUUCUUCUUCACGCUUGGUUUCCUGCCUCCAUUUGUUGCCAUCUUCCAAGCAGCCCUCAGAUGGAUCCCUUCUUUUGCAGCCUUGUCGCUGCUGGUCGGUAUCAGUUAUCAGGUUUUGCUUGAGACUACCAACCUGAAAGCCUACGUUCUCACCGCGCCAAGGACAGACCUGAUUUCCAUGAACCGAGAGGGAAUCUUUAGUUUCAUUGGAUAUCUUGCCAUCUUCCUUGCCGGCCAGGAUACGGGCAUGUUUGUCAUCCCCCGAAACAUCCCUCCAAGGAGCACCGCCAGCCCAGGAGCUCAGAGGAACACACUCCUAAUGACCAUGGUUGUCUGGGGAGGUGUCUGGACAGGACUCUACUUGCUUUCCACAAACUACCAUUACGGAUUUGGCCUAACGGUUUCACGACGUCUAGCGAACCUUCCCUACGUCCUUUGGGUUGUUGCGUUCAACACUCUGCAACUUGCUGGGUUCGCCAUUGUCGACACUGCUUUCUUCCCUGCGUUCUAUAAUGCGCAAGAUGCCAAGACCGAGAAGGAGGCUUAUGAAAAGGCCACUAGCCGUGUGAUACGAGCCUAUAACCGCAACGGUCUGGCUGUUUUCUUGGUGGCUAACCUCCUGACUGGCUUGGUCAACAUGACUGUCAAGACGCUGGAUGCUAGUCCGGCUGCAACAAUUGGCAUUUUGGUGGCGUACAUGUCAACUAUCACUGGCGUUGCUUUAGCAUUGGACGCCUACAACAUCAAUAUCAAGCUUUGAGUAUAGCAUAGAGGUGGCGCAUUGGUUUAAUUCGCCGCUAAAGGGAACUACGGGCGGCAUAUCAAUGAGAGUUCGACACCAAGUAACCUCAUCUACCGAUUCGGCGUAUAAGUUGGAUAGCGGAAGCGGCUCUAAUGUAAUGGAAGUGCCGAAGUCGACAACGCAUGAACUUGGUGCGAAGCAUACAUACAUGCUCGCAUUAGGCCAAUCUCGACCAGAAAAGCAAAACACGAUUACAAGUUAUGUGCUGCAUCUACUGAGUGAGUUCACCGGGGCUUGUGCAGGUGCCCCUGUCGUGGAUGUGCGCUCGUCCGGCAGAGGACGGAGAUCAGGCGCGGACCAUCCACCGCGGAGAUUCGGCAGAUGAGGGUGAGCUCGAUAAUGAGCUCUGGACGCAGGAGACGGGAGUCAGCUCUCAUUGCGGGCGUGUUAUCAAGUGACACAUCAAUCGUGGGUGGGGAUGCUAGAGAAGGGCUACGAUCAGGGGUCAGUUGAGCCCUGGAGAGGAACGGUUGAUGCCAUGCAACGCAAUCGCGGAACAUCCGUAACGCGAGUGAGAUCCAAGAUGCAAGCAAGAGUGAAUCGAUCAUGGAGAGGUCUCAUUGGUUGUCGGUAUGACUUCAGGUCCAUCAUCCGGCCGGGAUAGACGUGUCGCGUUUCAAUGCAGCUGGAUUAUGAGGGCUAUGACAUGAACAAAUCCAACCUGAGCGAGCAUGUAUGUAAGUGAGAGGCGCAGCUGAGAAGUCACAAUCCUGAGUGAAAAGUAAAAAAAACAACAAAAAACAACGAUGGCUUCUGGUGAGACGGGCGAAGUCGGGUUCUU